AGCAAGUGUAUUACUCACUUUUUUAGUUGCUCAUAGUAAAUGAAAGCAUGAUGGGAUACAGUAACCUGGGUUUCAUCUGUGUUUUAUCUCUGGUAAAGACCACACCCCAGUUUGCGGCAGUCAUUGAACAGAAUGCAACAACUCCAAGGACCCAAAGUGUUUUUCUGAUGAAGAUCUUUCCAAAAGCAUCGGCCGGUUUGAUCAGGAGAAAGAGGGAAUGGAUGAUUCCCGCUGUCAACAUCCCAGAAAACGAUAAAGGCCCUUUUCCAAAGGAAGUGGUGAAGAUGAAGUCCACUGCAGCUGAUUUGAUGAAAAUGGUUUAUUAUGUCACAGGCCCUGGAGCUGACCAGCCUCCCGUUGGUCUGUUCAAAGUGCACAGACAUUCAGGCAUGUUGUCUGUCACUGACAAACUGGACAGAGAGGAAACUAAAGAAUACAUCCUUACGAUUCACGGCUCAGCGGAGAGCGAAAACUACAUUGAGAAACCUGCUGAAAUCAUCAUAAACAUUAUUGACCAAAAUGACAACGCACCUGUCUGUACCCACAAUCCUUUUAGGGGAGAGGUCCCGGAAAGGUCAAAGCCAAACGUGUUUGUCGUGCAAGUGUCAGCGAAGGACUUGGAUGAUCCAAAUACAUUUAACGGCAUAGUGCGGUACAAACUGGUGGGGCAGGAACCCAGCGGUGAUGCGUUCCACAUUGACCCUGUCACUGGAAACAUUAGUCUAGCCUCUUUUGGCAUUUUAGACAGAGAGACUUAUCCUUUGUAUAAACUGCAUGUGGAGGCUGCAGAUUUGGAGGGACGUGGCUUUUCCUCCACUUGCAUGGUUAUCAUCAAAGUCACCGAUAGCAAUGAUCAUGCCCCUAGAUUCAGCCAAAACAUUUAUAUUGGUACAAUGCAAGAACAUAAAGUAGGAGAAAUCGUUGCAAGGUUGACCGUCACGGAUAAAGAUGAAACUUUAACUGCAAACUCAAUGGUGAAGUUCACCAUCAUCGAUGGCAACGAGGAAGGAGUCUUCAACGUUAGCACCGCCCCCAACAAGAUGGAGGGAAUCAUCACAACAAUAAAAGGUCUGGACUUUGAGCAGGGCAGAAACACUUUCUCUUUGCUGGUGGUGGUGGAGAACACAGUUCCGUUUGCUGUUCCUCUGUCCACCUCGACUGCCACUGUCACAAUCACAGUGCAGGACGUAAAUGAGCCGCCCAUCUUCGAACUCGCAAAGAAGCAGGUCCGCGUGGCCGAGGACCUCCCGGUGGGCAGCAGCAUCACUAACUACACAGCUAAGGACCCAGAUACUGCUAGACAACAGAACAUAAGAUAUAAGAUGCCAAAAGACAUAGCUAAGUGGUUGGAGAUCACAGAAGAUACUGGACAAAUUAAAGUCAGGAACCCCAUGGACAGAGAGGCCUCGUUUCUAAAAAAUGGAGAAUACACAGUCUUAAUAGAGGCAUAUGACAAUGAUGAUGAACCAGCCACAGGUACAGGCACACUGAUAAUCCAUCUAAAAGAUGUGAAUGACAACGCCCCAGUUCUGGAGCAGCCCAGAGCCCAGAUGUGUUCAACAGAACCAGAACCUGUCCAACUGACCAUUACAGACCAAGACGGGCCAGAAAACAGCCUUCCGUUCCAUGUAGAACUGCACAAUGAAUAUCAAAACAACUGGACCGUCAUCAACUCCAGUGGAGAUGCUGUGUGGCUGUAUCCCCUCAGACAUCUUGAUGUCGGCGAGUACCGCCUGUUGCUGCGUGUGUAUGACUCCCAGAUGUUAUUUCUGGACAACUCAGUCACGGUGGAGAUGUGUGACUGUAAAGGCCGUGAUGUCAUAUGCCUCGCUGGCGUGCGCGCUGCGUACGUCUCCACCCUGUAUAUUUAUGUGUUAGCAGCCGUCUUUUGCCUUCUUUUGCUGCUAUUGUUGCUACUUUUUCUGAAGAGAAAGAGCUGGAAGAAGCAAAAACUGUUUAUCCAGACAGAUGACAAUGACAGGGACAAUAUUUUAUGUUACAAUGAGGAGGGAGGAGGGGAAGAAGACCAGGAUUAUGUUAUGAGCCUGUUACACAGCGGACCACAGGUUUUCAAUACAAACAUCACUCCGACAGAUUUCUUCUAUAGGCAACAUUGUGAGGACAAUGAAGAUAUUGGAAACUUCAUUAAUAAUAAUUUGUACACUGCAGUUGAUGACCACCGUUUGGCGCCGCGUGACUCUUUGCUGGUGUUUGGUUAUGAGGGUGAGGGAUCGAGCGCCGGAUCUCUCAGCUCUCUGCAUUCCUCCAGCAGUGACGGCAGUCAAGACUACCAGCAUCUGCAGCAGUGGGGAUCUCCCUUCACAAGACUCGCUGACAUGUAUAAAGGAGAUGAUGAGUGACACAUGAGCUGAAAGUACAACGUGUGAUCGAAGCAAAAGUCUUGAUAUCAUUUUAAUCUCGUUGUUGUCUAUGGAUAAAAAAUAGAAAGUAAAAAGAGGUAAAAAUUUACAUUUCUUUUAUUUGUCACUAGUUUAUGACACAUUUGUCUAAACUAAAAAAAAUUGUAAAAACAUGGUAAAAUGUAUUUUUUAUUUGUGUACUGUAUGUUGUCAAUGCUAUUCAUAUUUUCAACAUUUUUUGUUUUUUUGCUUGUUUCAUAGUUCAAAUCUCAUGUCUUGUGUCAUGUAUUAUUAUAUAUCUUACAUAUAUGCAGUAGGUUACAUAUAUUUAUUAAUCCACCAAUAAGCUGUUUGUUUUUUCAAUAUAUAUAGUGUUUUGAAUUUACAUUCAUCAUAUAUAUUGGUUUGUUUCUUAAUUAUAAAAUAUGUAGACCUUUAAAGCAGUGAUACUGUAUAUACUUUAAGGAGGUUAAAGAGACUAUACUCUAAAGGGAUACACAAAAAUGACUCCCUCUCUAGAAGUUCCAAACCUGUAUAUACUGUAUUUCUGUUGAGCACAAAGAAAGAUAUUUGGAAAAAUGUUAACAACUGAAUGUUGGGAAAAAGUACAAUGGUAGUCAAAGGUGCUCCAGUGUUUGCUUUUCUAAAUUCUUCAAAAUAUCAUCUUCUGUGUUCAACAAAGCAAAAAAAGACACAAUAAUUUUUCCUACUAUGGUAGUCAAUGAUAUUCCAGAAAUCUCAGUUGCUAACAUUUUCCAAAUAACUUUCUUUAUGUUCACCAGAACAAAGAAAUUCAUACAGGUUUGGCACAACUUGAGGGUGAGUAAACGAUGACAAAAUGUUCAUUUUUUGGGUGGAGUAUCCCUUUAAACAUACAAAGAAUCGCAUUCACACAGCUUUCUCAUUUGAGACAGUGUACAACCUUUACCAGAUCUUGACCAAUCACAGAUCAGGACCCUCCCUAUUGGGCAAGUCUUAGAGAAGGUGUUAACAAAUGAACUUUGAUCUGUAUUUCAUGAUAACCAAUUCCUUUUAAAAGUUGAAUUGUGUAUGUUUUCUUAUGUUUGUUUAAUCUUGUGUUGGUUUGGAGUGGUUUGGAAGGGUGUUUUUAUAUCUGAUGUCAGGGUUUCCAGAGGUAAGAUGUAUGUUAUUGUACUUUAAUUACUACAGACUUGUGUAAAAAUGUUAGUGAUAAACCAUAAUUGUAAAUGUUAUCUAUUCUAUACUGCUCUACAUACAUUCUGUCUCUACAUACAAUCGAUUAGGGCUUUAAAUGACACACUUUGACAAUAGUUUGUGAAAACGAUUAUGUUUAGAUCAUUUGUAUUAGCCGUGUCCUUCAUUUUGCAUGCUCUGUUAUUUUGCAAAAAGGUGUAUUAUGUAUACAUUAUUUAUGCUCUAUGUAAAGCUUGCUGGUAAUAAAUAUUUACACAAUCUG